GUCGUUUGAUUUUCGAAAGUCGAUAAAUCGAUAUUGAAAAAUUUAUUUCACAAUAUUCAAGAUGAAAUUGUGGUCGAUUUUAUUGGUGACCAUAUCGAUUUUUGGCAUCUGCCACGUGGAACCAUAUGAGCUAAGUUUCGUCGAUUGGCCUACACCCGCCCCGCCGACCUCAACAACUCCACCAGUAUCCUCAACCAAACCACCACCUGCUGAACAGUUUAAUUCGCUGACCGACAUUCUCGACCUAAUUCCAAUCGAAGUCUGGCUUGUUGUACUUUUCCUGGAAUCUGCGUUUGUUGGAGCAUUUGGAGCAUAUUGCUACUGGAAAGUUCAACAAUGGCGCGACGAGAAAAUGGCAAGGGAAAAGGCUUGGGAAAGGCGUCUGGCACGAGUUUCUGAAGUUUCGGCUUCGAAAAAUCGAAACGCUGGAGGUGUGGAUCCUGCAAAAAGACCGAGAGAAUCAGCCAAAUGGCUGAAACAUGUAAAGGAGGUGACGCUGAAACGGGGUGGAGUCGAGCUGCUGCCGAUGGAGGAUGUGAUCGUGAAAAAUAAAGAGAAAUUCAAAAAGCCACAAAAUGAGCUUCGAGAAAAUGAAGUGUGGGUGGAAAGACAAACGGGCCCUGAUAUUGAUAAAGAUUCGGACCCAAAGACGGAAAAUGCAUUGGAUGAGCAGGAUUAUCAGCUGGAAGAUGGAUGGCACGGCAAGUCAGCUCUCAACAUCACACGUAAAGAAUUCAAAAAGCUGUUCACCAAAAUGAGCUAUAGCCCGUCGAUGUGCUCUAUCAUACCGGGAAAAGAACGCGAUCCGUCGAAAACUGUAAUCGCAAAUUGGUUCGAAUGGUGUCAGCCAGAAUUUGAAAUUCCGAUUGAGCUGACAGCGAUGAGCGCAGGAAACCCCAAGCUUUGCAGAGACCCAAAAGUUCAAGCAUGGGAUUCAACAUCGUACUUAGUUGAUGACACCCAUUUCAUCCAUGCCUCAACCGUAACAGCCCCUGGAAAAGAGUAUAUUGGAAAAGCGAUCAUUUGUCAGGCGCCGUUUGACGAUAAGGAGAAAGGACAUCCGGAUACACGGGAAUCUUUUUGGCGAAUGGUUUGGGACACGAGAGCUACUUAUGUGGUGAUGUGCUGUCAGAUUAUGGAGAAUGGAGUUCAGAAGUGUGGAAGAUAUUUUCCAGAUGAAACUGGCGCCACCGAAAACUAUGGGUUUGCCGAGGUUCAGUUAUUGGAGAAACAUGAAAUGCUCAACGGACAUUUGCUGACUCGGAAAAUCGAACUUACAAGCGGCACUUGGAAACAUUCAGAUGAUGAUCCGCCGAUCCGUACAAUCACCCAUUUUCAGUUUUUGAAAUGGAAGGAAGGAGAGGGUUUGGAAGGUGAAAUGAGUAUGGACGCAUUCAACUAUGUCAACCAUCGGACCAGAAACAAUUUGGACCCAAUAAUAGUGCACAGCUCGCUGGGUACAGGACGUGCGUGUGCAUUUGUCGGAGCCGAGUACAUGUUUCAAAUGAUUAAUACCAAAAAAUGUGGAACAGCUCGCUUCUUUCAAGUGGAUUUUCGUACAAAGCGUUUGGGAGCCCUGCAGAACGGGAAGCAGCUUUUCUGGGUUCAGAAUAUGGCUUUUGAACUGUUGAUUAAGAAGCUCAAGAUGCAUCACCUCAAAUUUGAGAUGGAGGAGCAAUGGAAUUUCUUGAAGAACUACUCGAAUAAGGAAACUGACAAAGCAGCGCGCGACACUCUCGCAAUAACCGACCAACAAAUGUGUGGACAAACGGUAUCAUUCAAAGGAGUUCCCGGGCAAAAAGUUCGCAUUUUGAUGAGGUCCAUCAAUGCGGAGCAGGAAAUGCUGGAGGAACAGAAGACACAGGAGGCUACUGAUAAAAGUGUGAAGCAGCGCAAAGUCGGAAAUGCGAAGAAAACCGGUGGGCAUUGAAACUCGAAUCUCGAUAUGGCAACUUCGAUCAAAAAUUUUUACUUGUGAUUCAAUUCAAUCGAUUUUUGUAGAAUUAUGUGUGUAUGCGUAUUGAAUAAAUGGGAUUUUGAUGAUAA